AUGGAACACAUUAACUGGUGCAGUAACCCAGACCUCCGGGUCCCUGGUACCUUCGGAACCCCCGCUUCUCCAACAAUAGCCAACAUCCCUAACGGUGCCUAUAUGCCCUACGGCACUAUCCCCCCGCCGCCGGCGCUAACGGAUACCCUCCCAGAACCGCCAAUGAUACCUCCCGCAGCAUACAUUGUUGAUCGGGGUGCAAGGCCAUCCUGGUUUUAUGUCGGGACAGGUGUAGUGGCCACUCCUCCCGUAGCGAGCCCGCCGCAGCCCUCUCCACCGCCCACAUAUAAUGUAACAAUUAAUUAUGCUCCAAACAUUCAAGCAGGGCCCCCGCGCCUCCAUACAGCGCGACCCCGGCUUCAGAGCGCCCAGAGUGUGGCUAGGAGCUCAGCACCAUCGCGUAGCAAUACACAUUCUUCCUCUUCACGGCACAGUCAAAUGAGCCUUCAGCCCAUCUCUGGCAGCCAUGCUCCUAGCCACGCAUCGCACCGCAGCAGCACAACCAGGGUAAGUCAUGGCGGAUCUCACGCUGGGCAUAUGGGCCAAUCGCCACGUUAUGAGGUAUCAGCUAGGCCUCCCAUCGGUAUGAUUGCCCCUUCCCCAUCCGGAUAUCAGGCGCCUUCGCUCUCGCGAAGGACCGACUACAUCCAGCGCCCGGCAACGGUAGUCACAAGGGGACCGAGUCGUCCGCCUGCCGCUCCAGAAGCGCCAUCGCAUGUGUCGAGACACUCCCAUCACUCGAGCUCGGGGACCUCGCGCGGGAGUGACUCGCGCUCCGUGAGAGUCCCAGAACAUAGUGCGAUUGCAGGUAGGAGAAGUGCACCCCCGGGUGCGAGGAGCGACUCGCGCACGAUACGAAGCCCGCCCCCUGCUGCAAGUGCGGGGAGUCGGAGUAGGGCAUCAGGUGCCCGAGGUGGUGGUGUGCAGGAGGUAAACAUCAACUGUCAGUUUACUUCGGAUAGUUUGGGUGGUGGCUCCAGGGGUGCGGGGAGUACCAACAGUACGCUCCGCCCUGAGGACAGUAUGUCGAGUGCGUGGCGGGAUGAGGAUAGACAGAGGAGUAGGCGGGAUGAUGCUAGGAGGGAGGAGAGGAGGGCUAGGAGAGGGUAG